AUAGAAUUAAAUUCUAUACUUACUCUUGCUGCUUCCAUUUAUUUAGGAGUUUUCAUUAGUAGUAGCGAUGAUACUUAUGAUUAUUACAUUUAUCUAUCUUAUGCAAUAAUUGUUUUAAUUAAUUUAAGAUUUAUUUUUAUGAUAACAUAGAAAAUAUUAAAAGAAAAUAUAGAGAAAAUUAUAAAGAACUGUGGAUACUUUAUAAAUAAAUACUUAACAAAAAACAAUUAAUAAGUUCAAACAAAUAAGUUAGUAAAAUUGAGUAAUAAAUAGCUAAAAUUAAAAAUUUAAAAGUCAUUAGCCUCCUUCUUAUAAUAAAGUAAAGAAGACAAAAAAUAAAUCCUAAUUUCCUUAAAAGAUCAACUCCAAACUGAUAAUGUCAAACUCUAAACUUUACAGGAAAGUAAUAAUGAAAAUAAUUGCAAAAAUUUUUUGGGUAAUGCCAAAAUUUUAAAUUCUAUUUAGUCAAAAAGUGUAAAAGCUUCUAUUAGCGAUUUAGAUGAGCAAAAUGAUUUAUAAUUAGAUUAUUUUAGAAAUCAAAAAUAAUUCAAAAAGUUAAAAUCUUAAAAUCCUAAUGAGUUAUUAAAACAAGAUAGUAAGUAGUAAGAAGAGGAAUCAUAAAAAUUUAUGACUCACCUAUUAACUCUUAGUCCAGUAUCCUCAAAUUAAUAGCCCAUAAUAUAAAACUUAGAUUAACUUACAAAAUAAGAUGAUUAAAUUUAUGAUAAAAAUACUUAGCCAUUAGAUUCUCAAAGUUAGAAUAAUUUUAAGAUAGAUUGUAAUAAUUUUAAUAUUUAAGAAGAAACAGAUAUACACAUUGAAGAGUAAAAUAAUCUAUAAUUGAAAUCUCUACAUAGAUAAUUUAACUAAAAAGAAUUAUAAAAGUAUUCAAAAUAAUCUAAAAAGCUAAACAUAAAAUCAUAAUAGCUUCCUUAAAAUUUUUAGGAGUAAUAGGUUUAAAAUAAAUCUCUCGAUAGGUCUUUUAGCAUAAAUACAAUCAACUCAAACUUGGAAAAGUAAAACUGA